AUGUCGAAGCGGCUGAGGAGCAGCGAGGUCUGCGCGGACUGCAGCGCUCAGGACCCCUGUUGGGCAUCAGUAAACAGGGGAAUUCUGAUUUGUGAUGAAUGCUGUAGUGUUCAUCGGAGUCUAGGACGUCAUAUCUCUCAAGUGAGGCAUCUUAAACACACACCAUGGCCUCCAACGUUGCUUCAGAUGGUUGAAACACUGUAUAAUAAUGGUGCUAAUUCCAUAUGGGAACAUUCUUUGCUGGACCCUGCAUCUGUUCUGAGCGGAAGGCGCAAAGCUAACCCACAGGAUAAAGUGCAUCCCAACAAAGCAGAAUUCAUUAGAGCUAAAUAUCAAAUGUUAGCAUUUGUUCAUCGCUUGCCAUGCCGAGAAGACGACAGUGUUACUGCCAAGGACCUUAGUAAGCAACUCCAUUCCAGUGUGAGGACAGGGAAUCUGGAGACGUGCUUGAGAUUACUCUCUCUAGGAGCUCAGGCCAACUUUUUUCAUCCUGAGAAAGGAAACACCCCGCUUCAUGUUGCUGCCAAAGCAGGACAGAUUUUACAGGCAGAGUUGUUGGCAGUCUAUGGUGCUGACCCUGGCACACAAGACUCCAGUGGAAAAACUCCAGUUGACUAUGCAAGACAAGGAGGGCACCAUGAAUUGGCAGAGCGCCUUGUAGAAAUACAGUAUGAACUUACUGACAGACUAGCAUUCUAUCUCUGUGGCAGGAAACCAGAUCACAACAAUGGACAACACUUUAUUAUACCUCAAAUGGCAGACAGACGGCUUCUGGAUUUGUCUGAAUUGGCAAAAGCAGCUAAGAAGAAGCUUCAGUCUCUAAGUAACCACUUAUUUGAAGAACUUGCCAUGGAUGUAUAUGAUGAAGUUGACAGGCGGGAAACAGACGCAGUUUGGCUUGCUACUCAGAAUCACAGUACACUGGUGACUGAGACCACGCUUGUCCCUUUUCUUCCUGUAAAUCCUGAGUAUUCUUCAACACGGAAUCAGGGAAGACAGAAACUAGCUCGGUUUAAUGCCCAUGAAUUUGCUACACUAGUUAUAGACAUUCUAAGUGAUGCCAAGCGAAGACAACAAGGGAAUCCUGUCACUGGCUCGAAAGAAAAUGUGGAACUGAUAUUGAAAGCUAUCAACAGUCAGCAUAGUAGUGAGAGUCAAGAUAACGACCAGCCUGAUUAUGACAGUGUUGCAUCAGAUGAAGAUACAGAUCUGGAAGCAAGUGCAGCAAAAGCAAAUAGACAGAAGAGCCUGGAUUCCGACUUGUCAGAUGGACCAGUGACAGCACAAGAAUAUAUGCAAGUUAAGAAUGCUUUGGUGGCUUCUGAGGUAAAGAUACAGCAGUUAAUGAAGGUGAACAUCAACUUGAGUGAUGAACUGAGAACCAUGCAGAAAAAGCUUCAAACACUACAGAGUGAAAAUACGAACCUCAGAAGACAGGCCACAACCAAUAUAUAUCAGGUCCAAACUGGUUCUGAAUACACAGACCCCAACAAUCAUUCUUCUUUAAAGCGACGACCAUCUGCACGAGGUAGCAGACCUAUGUCUAUGUAUGAGACUGGAUCGGGUCAGAAACCCUACCUCCCAAUGGGAGAAGUCACAUAUCCAGAAGAGAGCAUAACAAGACUGCAGCCUUUCCCUCCACAUAUCGGGAGGAGUGCGUUUGUGACCUCCUCUUCAUCUCUGCCUUCCUUCCCCUCCACGCUUUCCUGGUCAAGGGAUGAAAGCACACGAAGGGCAUCGAAAUUAGAGAAACAGAAUAGCAUGCCUGAAAGUGACUAUGAUAACCCCACCCCCAGUUUGGAGUUGGAUGAGACGGGGCCAGGUAGGAAAGGAAGGCAGAGAAGUAUCAUUUGGCAGGGUGAAGGAUCUAUCCCUGAGAACUCAGAUACAGAUGCAACCCCAAGUUCCACUUUGCCCAGUACAGAAGAUGUUAUUCGAAAAACUGAACAGAUCACUAAAAAUAUCCAGGAGCUGCUGCGAGCAGCACAAGAGAAUAAGCAUGACAGACCAUUAGAGCGUGCAAGCAUGCUUAAGCUCAGACAGAGCCUCGGCUGUUUCAGUACCCUGGUUCCAUGGGCCGAGAGAGCUCCCCUGCAGCCUUGGACCCAUCAGCAGCCUGAGCCUACCUCCUGUUAUAUACCGUGCUCGGAAAGAAUACAUGUGGCAGUAACAGAAAUGGCAGCCUUGUUCCCAAAAAAACCCAAAUCUGAGCUGGUAAGGACGUCGCUGCGGCUGCUGACAUCUAGUGCCUACAGACUCCAGUCUGAAUGCAAAAAAACCCUGCCCAUAGAGACCUGCCCUACCACGGACAUCCAGCUGGUCACUCAGCAAGUGAUUCAGUGUGCAUAUGACAUUGCCAAGGCUGCUAAACAACUGGUUACCAUCACAACCAAAGAGAACAACAACUGA